AUUUUGCAUUACAUGAGAAAACCAAAAACGGAGUCUCUUGUGGGUACUUCAGACCACAGACAAUUCUUAUCAGUUACUGCUGGAUCGUUGACGAAUCAACAUCAUCGCAAGAAGGAUAUUGGAAGUGAUCGUGACCGUGAGUGAUCGCGUUUCUUCCCCUUAAGAUUUAUAGACUAAAAAAAAAUUAAAAGUAUAGUGGAAUCUUCACCGAUCGAAGGCACCAUGACGACAAUAAUUGGAGAUAUCAAAUCUAAAUACGAUGAGAUGAUUGUUGGCAUAGAUCCUGAAAUUGAUAAUUGGCUCUUCAUGAAAUCACCUCUGCCCGUAUUGGGAAUUAUCCUGAUCUACCUAUACUUCGUCCUAAAGCUCGGGCCGCAGAUUAUGGCAUCGAGGAAGGCUUUUCACAUGAAAAAACUUCUAGUCUUUUACAACUUCUAUCAAGUGAUCUUUUCUACAUGGCUCUGCUUUCAGGCAGUUCAAGUGGAUAACACAGCCAUGGAGAUCUUCAAAUUUGUCGUGGGAAUUGCUAUUCCUAAUGAUCGUGGCCUUGUUCAUGCGGCCUGGCGCGCAUCUUGGUGGUACUUCUUUUCGAAGCUCGUUGAACUUUUGGACACAGUGUUUUUCGUGUUGCGCAAGAAGCAGAAUCAAAUCUCCUUUCUUCACGUUUAUCAUCAUUCAUUGACGGCAUUAGGGUCUUGGUGGCACCUCAAAUAUCUGCCUGGGCCUCAAUUUCUCGUCAUUGGCUUCCUGAACUCAUUUGUCCACAUUGUGAUGUACUUCUACUACAUGAUAGCUGCAAUGGGACCCAAGUACCAGAGGUUCCUGUGGUGGAAAAAAUACCUUACAACUCUUCAGUUAGCCCAAUUCUGUGUAAUGCUGUGUUAUCUUACGAUGAUUGCACUGAUGGAUAGCAAGUUACCACGUUCUCACACAUUUUUCUUCAUUACAAAUGUCAUCAUUUUUCUAUAUCUCUUUGGGGAUUUCUAUAGGAAGGAGUAUAAUAAGAAGCAUCACAAAAAAUUGGUAGAUAAAGAUACAAAUGCCAAUUCAAUAGCACAACUAACAGAACUCAAAGAUAUGAUUGAUCGUAAUGAAAAGAAAGUUUAUUUUCAAAACAAAACUGAUAAGAAUGAUAACCAAAAAAUGUUUUAAAUUAAUUGUUACUUAUAUUAAUCAUUUAGGUUAUUAUUAUUCUGUAAAAGUGAUGUGUAAUUAGAGUUCUUCUCCAGUGAAAUAAAUUAUUAUUCUCGUUUUGGUUUUUCAUUCUCCCUGCCUGCAUAUUGCAAUAUCAGUUUUUUGUUAUAACUGUUGAAGAAUUUAUUUAAACUCUGCCUAAGAUUAAUUGACAUUAUAUCACACUAGAAACACAACCUGAUUAUAAAUAUUCUAUUAUCCAUCAUCGUCUUAUCUCCUUUUUUCACAUCUCCCAAAAUAAUGUAUCCCCACAACAUUUUGUCAAUCCCAAAAUUAUUAUUUGUAACAAUAAAUCUGAGAAUUGAAUCUCAAUUGAGAUAUAUGGUAAAUUUAUGAUAAAUGUAAAUCCUUAGAGUGGUAUAGAUGGUAGGAAAUAAAAAAGGGCCCACUUUGGGGCAAUCAAGGUGAGUGAGUUUGAAUUUCUUUGACCUCACCGAAAAUUUUCACAUUGCAAACAUAUCAUUGAACUCUAAUGUUUUGUAGCUAUUUUGGUUGAAAGAGAAAGGUCUCGAGGGUAAAACAAAAACAUCUCAAAUUGGUUAGGAAGUUUUAGGCGUGUAUAAAUGAAAGGCCACUCUUUAAGUUCACGUACAAAAAAAAAAACUUAUAACAUUAAUUAUACAUAAAUCAUUUGCUUAAUAACUAUGCAUUAAAAAUAAUAUAAAAAUCUGCAUAAAAUUGACCAAGUGGGUGUCAAUUUUAAAACAACUAUAAAAUUGUAGAUUUUUUAUGAUUGUACAAUUUAUCAUAAUUAUAUAAAAUUAAGGUUUAAAAAUUCCUGAAUACCCUACGACUUGUUGUAUUCAAUGAAUUUAUCUCUGGCGACGAAUAAGGAUAAAAAGAAAUGGUCAUUUAUUUGUAUAUAAGGAGUGUCAAUAAAAUUAGUUUUUCUUCUCUUUAUCUUCA